GCGACGAAGAAGAAGAACGUCACGGCCACGGCCAUUAUCUCAUUGGUAGAAGAAGAAGAAGAAGAACGUCUGCAGUUCCUCAAGCCGCUGGCCUGAGCUAGUGCUGUCGCAUACCACGGAGAACGCACUAAAAUGAAAGGUUCCGGACACAGACAUGGUUCGGUGGCAUCCUUGUACUUUUCUUUCCCAGAAUCCUCGACACUCUCCCUCUAUGACUGCGAGAGUGAGAUGUCAGAAAAUGCUACACUUACACCCACCGUUCAGUCCGAAAUAACAGAACCACGGAGGUUCUCGUCCAGUUGGUACCUUGCCUUGGGCGCCACAUCCAUCCUGGGAGCUGGCAUCCUUCUGGGCUAUUUCGUCUUCGGAGGUCCCACCUCGCCCGUUGCAGGUUUGGAGCUGGUUGAGAACGGAAAUAGUGACAACAGCUUAGGCAUUCCUGCAGCAUUUUCUGUCGACGUAUCGAAUAAAAAUGGUUCCGACGUCACUCCACUAAUGCGACGUCCAGCCAACAAGCGCUUCAGGGAGCCAAUUGAUAAAUACGGUAGACGUCGUGACAGUAAAAAGAACAGGAACAGAGCAACGGCGGUGUCUCUGCACGCUGUAACAACUGCGAAGGACAACACCGAUAUUACUACUGAAGAAAGAUCGGAGACAGCAUCGGAGACAAGUGAGCUCGGGCGAGAUGCUAUUCCAACGGAAGCUCAACGAGACAUGGAGCACCCGAAAAUCAAGAAGGCCGUCAAAACAUCGACGUCAAGAAUUAUCCCUGUCAUCACAGCGCUAUCAACUAGGACAACUCUGACUGCAGCACAAUUAAUCAGGACCUCAAUAAGAAUAGCCCAGUCAACCAGGAAAACGCGUAGGGUGUCCAAAAUCAGCAGGAAAGCGCACAAGGCAACAAAAAUGGCCAGGACAAGGUUCACGCUAACACCACGCUCUUCAACAUCGCGUAGCAGAACAAAGGCUUCGACAGCACCCAGUAUACGCACUAGUGGAGCGUCGCCGAAGAGUGUCCGCAUCCCUGGAGCGAGGCAGUUCACAUCACGCUUGACUGUGACAAAAAAGAAGGAAACGUCAGCAACAAAGCCUCCAGCACCAACGAAGACACACAGAUCUAUUCUGAGCAUGACAACAACAAAGAGCAACAAAAGCACAGCAAGGACUACAGCGACGCAAGCCUUCUAUACAACUUCAACUUCGAUGACAUCAUCCAACGUAGGCCGUGUACCUUUGGUGUCCUAUAAGCCACCACGACCACCACCACCGACGAAGAAAAGACGGAACCGCAAGAGACCAAGACCAGCAGCAAAAAAAGACGGUACAACACGAUCAACGUUGACAACGCCCUCGGCGAGGACGUCGAGUUCACGUACGACCGUGCUGACAACCAGCAGCACGCCAACGCCUGCGAAGAAAUACGCCAUUGGUAUAGUGAAACGACGCAGAAAGCUCAAGCAUUUGCCGAAGAUGCUUCAUGUUCAAGCUGAUAUGAUCGGAGAUCAAUCUGACAUCACGAAUACAGACGAAACACAAUAAAUGUUCAUACUGUUAGUCAACAAGUAUACCAUGUACACAGCGUCAUGUUUAAAUAUAUUUAGCAUCAACCACAAGA